AACGGCUUUUGCCUCCGCUUUCUUUCUAUUUUACAGGCGAGUUGCAGUCUCGCGUUCUCGGUGACCACCAAUCCAUCUUGAACUCGGGACCACACAUCGCCUCUUAUUCUUCUCUUGUCUCUUUUAUCUACCCUUCCACUUCUGCUCAAAGAAACGUCUGCGGCUCCCCGUUACAUUCUCCCAUAAUCCUCAUCUGAACGUAAUCGACCUAUCUAUCGCUUACCAUGACAAGCACCUCACCAAAUCCGCGCGCUUCCCUUCUAUCCGGACUCCGCACCGGAGGCGUCCGCUCUGCGUCUGCGACCAUUCCACACACUGCUGCUCCCGGCGGGUCAUUCAACGUCCCACGCUUAGCCCCUCAACUUCACGGGUCCAACUUUCCUGAAGAAGAGGAAGAUCAGGUUCUUGAAGUGCCUGCAAGUUCCGUCUUCAACAACCAUCGCGUACCCCGCGCUCCCAUGACUGCCGCCGUAGAUGGGCCUGACCACAGAUUCCAACAACAACAACGGGGCAUGAACCCUAACAGCGUUCCCUUCAGCCCGGCUUUCAUGUCACAACAACAACAGCCCAAUCCCAAUCAGGCGCAAGCCUUUCAGAUGCAAAUGAUGCAAUUAGAGUUGAUGAAGAUGCAGCACGCACAAACCCAGCAAUAUCAAGCCCAGCUUUUGGCCCAAGCUCAACUUCAGCUGCAGGCCCAGCAGCAGCAGCAGAUGCAGAUGCAAAGUCCCAGACGUGCCAGUUAUAAUCCUCCGGCGACUGCGGGUCCGCUCACGUCUUCCUUUGAUUUGCGAUCUGCAACGCUCAGCGCUCAGAUGCGCCGCGCCUCGCAGGGCAGUGCUCUCGAUGAACCGGUGCCGAUGACGGCCGCUCUGGGAGGAAAGUUUGGUGCUCGACCUAUCAAUAUGUCUGGUCGCCCUGGUGGAGACGAGUACGAGGAUAUCUCAUCGGCGCCAAGUACUACUGUUAUCAGUGGAGGCACCUCUUUGGGUGGUGGAGCCAGCGCCGGAACUACAUCGAAAUCCGAUACAGCUUCGAAUUGGCGGCGCGGAGGCAAUAACAAUUCUGUUCUCAGCGGGAACAACCGCUCGCCUAGUGUGAAGAUCACACCACCGCCGAUCGAGAAGCGGACCUCGCCGCCACCUCCAGCUGCUCUGCCCAGCAGCAAAGUCCGCCCGAUGCCUUUGCGUCUUAAUGCUGCAGUGUCCCAGCCGAUGGCCAGUGUUUCGAUCGAUACCAACGAAGCUGCCGAUAACGACGAUGUCGAUGCUGAAUCAGUCAGCUCGCACAAGUCGUCCAACUCGAACCCGACGACGCCUCCGUCCGCUUCUUCGACGGGGAUCCCUCUCUCACCCCGAGAGGAGGCAAGCCGGAAACUAUAUGAGGGGCUGGGGAUCGAACGUUCUGCUCCAGUUCCGACGGUUGUGAUCGAACAGCCGCCGAUGACCGCUCCGCUGUCGAAAAUGGGGAGUCAACCUGUUCGCCAGCCGCGAGGGCCUCCAUCGGGUGCGGAUGAACUGGGUCCGAAGAACUUUGCGGCUCGAAUUCGACGGCAGGCGAUCGGGGGCCUGAUGAACUUGCGCGAGAAGCGAGACAGCGUGGUGGAGGCGUUCUGAAGAACAUGCUGCUUGAAUAUUUAACAUCGCGGCAUCCUAUACAUUCAUUCAGCUGAAGUCUGCUUUUGCAACUGUUUGUUUUGCGCUGACCCGCGCGCGAGCUGUGCUUGUCUGCCCGAUUCUUGCAGAGUGCUUCCUGUGGCUUGCCUGUUUCA